CUUUCGCAAUGAGAAAUAAAAGAAAAAAAAAAGGCCUAAAAUAAGAAAAGAAUAAACAGAGAGAAGAACGGAGUGAGAGCGAUGGUAUCAACGGUGGUGAAGGGAGCCUUGAAGGCCAUCAGAGAGAAAGGGCUAGGCACCUUCCUACGAGAGCUCAGGGAAGAAGGCUACACGAAGUGCCUUUUGGAUGGAAAUUUGUUGCAAACCAAAAUCCACAACAUAGGGGCCACACUCGUGGGGGUUGACAAGUUUGGCAAUAAGUAUUAUGAGAGACUUGAAGACACGCAGUUUGGAAGACAUCGAUGGGUUGAAUAUGCUUUAAAGGAUCGGUAUAAUGCUUCUCAAGUGCCACCAGAAUGGCAUGGCUGGCUUCAUUUCAUAACUGAUCACACUGGUGAUGAGCUUCUAAUGCUGAAACCUAGGAGGUAUGGGGUUGAGCACCGGGAGAAUCUCUCUGGAGAAGGUGAGCAGUUCAUAUACCAUUCAAAAGGCCAUGCCCUUAAUCCCGGUCAGAAGGACUGGACCAGAUACCAACCUUGGCAGCCAGCCAAGCCAGAGUAACCCUUUGGGUCCACCAAACUUCCCGUAAACUUGGAAAUUAUUGCUUUGAAACCCGAUUUCCAUGAAUAAGUUGUGUGUGCUUAUUGGAAGCCAUAAGAGUUUGCAUUUGCUUUCAUUAAGAAAACUUUGAAUGUGAACUUCAUAAUCCAAUUUUACAAGGCAAGCUAAUAGAUGUUUCAGCAGCAGUCUUCGAUGGUUUGUCUUGUAUUGCAAAAAGAUACUGGUUUUAUUUGCUAGAAUACUAGUUACAUUAUUGUUCUUUCUUUACUUGGGUAUUUGGAGGCCCUGGUCCUGGUCCAUGUGGUGGAAUUGAAAUGUAGAGAAAUGCCUUCUAUAUUAAACUUCCGUUUGAAUU